UCCCCUAUAAUCUUCAUCAAGUCUUCUGUGCUAAUCAAGAUCGGCCGGAGUAGUAGUUAAGAAUAAGAUCGAUCCAUCCUUCUCGCAUUGCAUGCAGUAGUAUCUAGCUAGGUUUUCCAUUCCACCAAAACAAAAACCUCUCACAUCCAAGAAAGAUAAGAUCCAUCCAAAGAAUCCCAAAGAUCUAACUCCCUCUCUAGCUAAGAAGAACGCAUAUAUGGAAGCUACUCGACCAAACCAAGAAGCAAAGCAACAAGAGGAUUUAUACCAACGACAAGAAACUGCACCGGCGCACUUGACGCUAGGUCGCCGCGGCCACCAAGUAGGCGCGGUGGUCGCCGGCGGCAGCGUGGAGGCGGAGCGGGAGCACAUGUUCGACAAGGUGUUGACUCCGAGCGACGUCGGCAAACUCAAUCGGCUCGUCGUGCCGAAGCAGCACGCCGAGCGCUACUUCCCCACGGCGGCGGCGCCGGGUACAACGGCGGAGCUGUGCUUCGAGGACCGCGGCGGGACGCCAUGGGAGUUCCGGUACUCCUACUGGGGGAGCAGCCAGAGCUACGUCAUGACCAAGGGCUGGAGCCGCUUCGUCCAUGCCGCCUGCCUCGCCGCCGGGGACACCGUCUCUUUCUCCCGCUCCGGCGGACGCUACUUCAUCGACUACCGCCACUGCCAGCGCCGCCGCCGCGAUAUCAUCUUCGGGGUGGCCGCUGACGCCGCGCCGGCGAGGCCGUUCUUGGGCCGAGCAAGAGCGGCGGCCACCAGCAGUGACGGCCCGUCGACGAUGGUGUUGGACGCGGCGCGCAUCGUGGCAGGCCAUGAUCACGCCCCGGCGGGACCCGCGGGCACGAGCACGAGGAGCUUCAGACUCUUCGGGGUUAACGUAGAGUGCGGCGUCGGCGACGAGACGACCGUGGUACUGGAAGAGGAACCCAGUCGGGAAGAGAGGGAAUCUGAGAAAAUGUGGAGAAACCGCAGGUAGAAGGUGGCAAUUCUAACUGACCUACUGAUGAGCUGAAUUUGGAUUUUGUUCAAUCUGGUAAGAUGAUUCUUUGAAUAGAUCGAUGAUGGCUAGUUCAUCGUGUUCAUGUU